CCAGACUUGUUGGCUUAAGGCAAUUCUCUUUUUUUUUUCACAGAAAAAACUCAGUAUUUCGAGAGUAACCAUGCCGUACAACUGUGUAUCAUUCUGACCGACUGAUAAGAUUAGUUAGAAUAACAUUUUACGCAGAAUAAGAUAACCAGAUUGGAAAUAAUCCCAAGAGACCGGGCUGUUCCCUGCCCGGAAGCAACUGAACUAGCCAUUCCCCACUGUGUCAUAUUAGUUGCUCCAUUUCAGACUUCAGAAUGUCGGGCAAUGUUUCACCCAAAGAUGUUGCUCUGGAAACUCUGAAAGAAGAGAUUCAUGCCCUCCUUUGCGCUGUAAAAGGAUCUGUACCAUCUGACCAGAUUAUGAAGGAUUACAGAAUGGUGUGUGGAUCACAUUUGCCUUAUCGUCAACUAGGAUUUGCCUCGGUCAAUGAUCUGCUGAAGAGUAUACCAGAUGUUGUAUCAUGUCACAAUGUAAAUGGCGGUGUUUUGGUUAAAGCAGUGCUGAAGAAUGAAUCUGCUCAUAUCAACAAGUUAGUUCAAGGGCAAAAAGGAACUAAAAAGAGGCCGCGAAUGCUCCAGGCAUCUUCCGUUCAGCGUGGCCCGGGGUCUUUGUUGAGAAACCCAAUUAAUGCCAACAACCGACCUGCCGCACCUUGGAAUUUUCCAAAAUAUUACACACCACCAGCCAUGCGUAGCGUCGUCUUAGUUCCUCCGAGCUCUAGCAUUCGACAGCCGAUGCUGCCGAGGACCACACAACAGCAACUGCCUCAGCAGGCCGUGCAACCUCCCGUUCAUCAACAAGUAUACCAGGUGCCUCAUCUCAAACAGACAACUCAAUUAAUGCAGCCGAAGCCUUCCCAAAAUCCGCCUGUCGCUGCUCCGAAGCUUCCGCAAGUAAAUCAGAGACCUUUACCUCCAACCAAUUUGCAAUUGUCAGGAGCACAAGCGAUUCCUCCUACUGGAAGACCAGCGAAACCCGCAGUGCCUACUCUUCCGGUCGUUAGGCCCAACAAUUUCCAUCGCGAAAAGCUACAGCGAUUCGUCCUUCUCCAUCGGCUAGGAGAGAUAACCUACGAGGAUGCAAAAAUGAAAAACGGAAAGUACGUCGCAACGGUAGUCAUCGACAAAAAAAAGUCAAGCUGUUAUCCCGACGAAUUCACUACAAAAGAGGAUGCUUACGAAAAAGCGGCUGAAGUAGCUCUCAGUGAGUGGGAAUCUAAAUACCAUGACACCAUUAGAAAAACCUCGGUGACUACUGACGACAAAAUUAUGGCAAAAAGGGUUGUUGACAUCGUUAGUAAACAUUCCGACGGCUGUUGGAGCGAAGAAUUUGUCAAACUUUACGAGUACACCUUUUACGGCGAAUCCUUGCCAGAAGAUUGGGUUCAACGUGUUAAGGCCAUCACAGAUGAGUUGGAAUUCACGGCCGGAAUAGAGCAUUUCCUUGUAUGUAUGGCAACAACGAAAAAUACGCCUGAGCCCGUAACGUCCUCCCCAUUUCUUCAUCGAGAGCCUUUAUUUAACCAACCACCUCCAUCAAACGAGUCAUUCUACAAUCACUCGGUCAGUGAAUUGUUUCGACAACCCGCUCAAAAGGGAAUGCAACCUCAAAUUCCUCGCCAAUCUGAUGGCUUCGGGUGCCGACCUGUUCCUGUCCAGAAUAUCGAUAGUGACGUUUGGGCGGUUCACGUUCUUGUUGUCUGCGGUGGUGACCAGCUGGCAAUCCGCCGAACUGAUUCGGAGCAGUAUUCUGCGUGGGAGGAAAUGAUGAACGAUAUGGAUCUGUUUUACAGUGAGCACGAAGCUACCCUAAAUCCGGUUGGGUUACUAGAGCGCGGUUGCCUUUAUGCUACACAAAUUGACGGUAUUUGGGCUCGAGUUGAACUGAUUUCCUACACAGAAAAUGGCGAUGUGGAAUUAAAACUUGUGGAUUAUGCUGACGUGGAAACGGUCGCCCCUUCUUCCGUUUUUGUCUUGGAGAAAAAAUUCGGAGAAGUCCCCACUCAAGGAAUAAAGUGCCAUCUUCAUGGAUUAGCCCCAUUUGCCAACUCCGAGCACACCAUCACUACAGAAAUCGAUCGUCUACUCAACAAUCAGUUUGUAGCUCGUGUUGUCUCUCGAGAACCAUACCUUUCGAUUAUCCUGUACGAAUCUCCCAGUGAACUGAAUAUAAAUGAAUGGAUCUUGGAUCAAGUGGCGGAAAAGGUUCCGGCGAUCCCAUUGAAGGUGGGAGCAGUCGUGCAGAAAACAGUAAUCUCGUAUGUGUCGUCCGCCUGCGACGUUUACAUGUUACGUGAAACUCCGCAGAAAAAUGUCAUCGAUUGUCUGAUUUUACUAUUGGAGCUGCGGAUUGAACAAUCUCCUCCUACCCCCACACUUAUUGCUGAUAAUCUAUAUUUAGGCCGUAGUGAAAAACAUGGUUGGUGCCGUAUGCGGCUGUACAGCUCCAUCCCAACCCAUGAUGGAAAUGUUUCCGUCCAACUGAUGGAUUUUGGCGAUACUGAACUAGUACCAGGAAACACAUUGAGAGAAUUGCACACGUUAUCAACGGUUCUUGCCCGCAUCCCAGAUCAAGCAGUUCGUGUCUUUUUGGCUCGCCUUCCUCCACCAUCUUGCAGUUUCACUGACAAAGCGGCCAAGACGCUGCGUGAACUCACACCGCACGGAUUAAGCUUGAUGGUGCGAGUUGUUGAGUUCAGAAACGGAAUCCCUGUCGUUGAGUUAUUUGAAAGAAUUGAAGAAUCAGGUAAACUCGUCACCAUCAAUGCUAUGAUGGAGAUGGACGAGACCCUGUAUCGUUCUACUGACCAAGCUUCGCAUCAAUCUUCCUUGCCUUUAACCCGAUUGGACCCUGAUUUAACUCAACGCGUAGCCGCGAUGGCACUUCCGUCUAGAAGGUCUUCCGCCAGUUCGUCUCCGUCGCCAACAUUCCAAAUGGAGCGUAUGGUGGUUCCAAAUGCCGAAAUUCCACCCAUUGAUACUGGGCGCUUUUUGACGCCUUUCGACGUUCAAGUAUUCAACGUAUCAAAUCCAGAUCACUUUUACGUCCACUCCAUCCAGUCGAUGCAGUUGCUAAAUUCGUUAAUGCUUCGUCUCAAGGAAUAUUGUAAUCGAGAAGAUGUCAAGAAUGCCAAAAUGGAGUCUGUCAUCGUUGAUGGAUAUUAUGCUGCCUGGCAUCCAAAAUCCGAAUCGUACCGUCGCAUCUGUGUUACUGGAAAAUCUGGUUCGAUAAUCGCAGUCGCUUUUAUCGAUCAUGGUGAAAUAGAUUUUCUACCACUAAGCAAUAUUCGCUCGUUGCUUCCAGAAUUUGCUGAACUUCCAGCUCAAGCCAUGAAAGCGCAAUUAUUUGGAGUCAAACCGGUGGCUGGAGACUGGUCGCCUCAGAAUGCAUUAUUUUUUAAGAAAUUCGUUGAUGGGAAAGUUUUUUCGUCUUACGUCAUGGGAGUUUCGCCAGAAAAGACGCUCCGCUUGCAGCUGAAUGAUGUUCUGUCGGGAGAUAAAGAUAUUGAUGUGGCCAAAUACCUGGUCGAGAAUUGCCAAGCAACUGCAGCUUAAAGCUCAUCCUUCUUCCCAGACUCACACCUUUUCUGUUUUCAUUUUUGUUUGCAUUUAUUUCUACUUGUGAGUUGUUUUCUCUUUUGCACACAAGCCAGGGUUAUGAUGGCAUCUAAGUCAAAGUUGACUCUUAAGAGAUUGUUCUAUUAAAGAAGGAAUACUAAGUUUGUUUGUUAUGGCUCACAUUUACCACUUUGCCUUAUGUUAACCAAGCAUUAACCAUUAAUACACUCCAAGUUCAAGUCUU